AUGGUUGGCAAGACAACCUCCAACUUCUCGACAUCUCCGUUCGAGGACUGCUUCUCGAGUUCCUCUGCAAAAUCCGAAUCGCGACAGUCGGGUUCUCAAAAUUCUAUGGGACGCCAUGGCGACCAAUCAUUCGCCAACCGCCAAAGUGUUCGCUUAUCUUCAUGGGCCAGUGUGGUCGAGCAAAUUUUGAUCAGAAAAUUGACUUCAGACGAUGGGGAGGUACGAGAAUUGGCGGCAAAGGCCUUUGUCAACUAUUAUGAUCAAUUAAAUCCAACAUUCGCUCAUGGCAAACUUCAAAUUCAAAACGUCGGAGCUCCUGCAAUUCGAGGAUUGUCCGCAGAUGAUUUAUUACGUAAAUUAUCAAUUAUUUAA